AUGGCGUUCUGCCGGGCCGACGAUCUUGGGAAGCCGCUGCAGUGUUCCGAGAUCCGCGACCAGUCCCACAUCCACCUCUUUGACCGCAAAUCGCCGUCUUCGUCUUCGUCUUCAUCGUCUUCCCUGUCGUCGACCUCAUCUCUUUCAUCUUCUUCGUCGUCGACCCACUUCCUUGUUCCUUCCCUGAGGAACUCAUCCACUUCCGGGAAUCAGACUUACAAACUCCAUCUGAUGGCUGAGAAUUGUUUGGGCCUCGAAUCAUGGGCCUGGAUCCCCAACUCCUUCGCUUUCGAAACCGAAGUUGUGACUAAAGCCCUCCAAGUCUCCCUCUCCGACGACUCCUCCGGCUCAAGCCCACCACCUCCGCUUCACCUACUCCCCCGACCCGACCCGUUACUGCACGGAUCUGGAUCCGAAACCCCCCAGCGCACCCGAAACCCGCCAGGCCUUCAAACGGGUCGGAUCACAAAGCGUAAGUCACGUGCUUCCCGUCGCCCCACAACCACGUUCAUCACCGCUGACCCGGCUAAUUUCCGGGCUAUGGUUCAGCAGGUCACCGGAGCCCGGUUCGGACCGGAUGAUGGACCGGUUUUUUGUAAACCUGAACCGGUUCGUGCUGGAUUGGACCGGGUUGGGUUUGGGUCUACUGCUGCGCAGUUGACUUGCUUGCCUACGCUUGAUACUUCUUCGGCUUUUUUGUUGGACCGGGUUGGAGUUGUUGGACCGGAUGGUUCGAAUGGACCGGUUUGUGGGUUUGAGUAUGAGCCGGUUUUGAGUUUCCCGACUUUGGACUCCUGGGCGGCCAUGUGAUAUUAUUUGGAUGGAACUCUAGAAAUGACUCUUUUAAUUUGGACCGUUGGAUGAUGAUCGGACGGUUGUGGUGUAAGCCAGGUGUUGCAGCGGGUGACAUUU